AAAAAAACUCAACGCGCGCAUAAAAUAUCAACCACCCAUUUCUCUCUCUCUCUCUAAUCUAUUCUUCGUGUUUCAUUUCUUUACAUGUAAGCACCAGCUUCUGGGUUACACGCAGACAUGGCUUCUCUACCGUACGGAGUUUCUAAUCUAUGCAGAAACCAAGAGGUUCUGUCCGCAGCUGUACAGAUUCGUCCGACUGGUCGACAAAUCACAGGAGGAGUUAGAGCUGCGAAGAGAGUCUUGUAUAAUGGAUUGUCAUCAUCAGUGAAAAUAAGUGCGAGUAAGCAAAGAAUGAGAUGUAGAGUGAGCUCAGAAUCAUCUACUGAAACUGAAGAAGAUUCUGCCACAAAGACCAAGAAGACGCCGUUUGGAUACACGAGGAAGGAUGUUCUGUUGAUAGGAGUUGGAGUUACUGCACUUGGUAUCGGGCUAGAGAGUGGCCUUGAGUAUGUGGGAGUAGAUCCUUUGCAAGCAGGUAAUGCUGUACAGCUGAUACUGGUGCUAGGCUUGACACUGGGUUGGAUAUCGACUUAUAUCUUUAGAGUCGGUAACAAGGAGAUGACUUAUGCCCAGCAACUUCGUGACUACGAGUCUCAAGUCAUGCAGAAACGGUUGGAGAGCUUAUCUGAGGCUGAGUUAGAGGCAUUGAUGGAACAAGUUGAUGAAGAGAAGCGACAGGUUUAGUAGGCUUAGGCUCCUCUGUUGUUCCAGCCACCUGCAAAGUUAGUAAAAGAAUCACAGAAACAUUUUGAUGUACUUUCUUGUUCCUCAAUGUUGGUUGUAUGAUACACAAAAGAAUACAAAUCAAAGAAUAUGUUGAAACGGUUGAAGGAA